AUGGCACUUGCAAAAGAGCGAGCUGUUGCACAAGAUUCGCACUUGGCCUCGAUCCAAUCCUACUCACACUUCAGCAAUGCUUAUGGCGGAUCGUCGAUUCAAGUGUCCGAUUCUCCUCUUGGAUUUUUCAGCUUCGAGAGCUACCACAAGGCGGCGCUUGAAGAAGGAGAUGGCUCGGAGAAGACAGACGGUCCAUUAAAGAGCCUCUCCACUGGCCAUUUUCCUUCUCUACCCAAUCUUCACGACAUGGACGGGCCUGGCGAAUUCAUGUUCGGAGCCACCGAUUCUCCUUCUCCUGAUGAAGGUCAAUCUCUUCUCAACUUCAAGACUGGGCCUGAUCAUUGGUCCUACUCAAGCGGCUCCGUGCUUAGCUUUGAUCAAGGGGACCGGCUUUCUCACGCUACCCAUUCAAAGAUUGACCAUGAAGAUGAAUACUCGAUCUGGGUCGAUUCGGAGGACCAUGGCAAUCAGUGCAAUCACCUCGAUUCGAAUAGAGGCAUUGAUUCCCGCCUCGAUGAUGACAUGAACUGUUAUGAGAAGGCCAGCGGAUAUGGCUCGCUGAACAAUUCUUGUAAGGAAGGCCGACAUGGGGAUGCACGGCCUGGGUGGCUAUACACAGGAGCUCUAGCCAGUGACGAUCUCCACGACACUGAGGGAUCAGACAGAAGCUACCAUAAGCGCCCUUACUCAGGCAGUGAUAUGCAAGCUUUAAAGAAGCAUUGUGGCGGCUCACCUAAGAAGGCCAAACCAAAGCCAAUUCCAUCAAAGGACCCUCAGAGUAUUGCCGCUAAGAAUCGAAGGGAGCGGAUCAGUGAACGGCUGAAGAUACUGCAAGAUCUUGUACCGAAUGGGACGAAGGUGGAUUUGGUGACCAUGUUAGAGAAAGCCAUAAGCUAUGUGAAGUUCCUUCAAUUGCAAGUGAAGGUAUUGGCGACCGACGAAUUCUGGCCGGCGCAAGGUGGGAAAGCUCCUGAGGUUGCUCAAGUGAAGGAAGCCAUUGAUGCCAUCCUCUCUUCUCACAAAGAUAGGAAUUCAAGCUCCAAAUGAGAGAGAGAGAGAGAGAGAGAGAGAGAGAGAGAGAGAGAGAGAGAGAGAGAGAGAGAGAGAGAGUCUAAUGUGGGAAGUGGACCCAAGAAGAAGUUGAUGGGGAGAGGAGAGUGAGAAUCCCAUGUGGGAAGUGGACCCAAGAAGAAGCAGAAGUUGUUAAGGAAUAGAAAUAACAUAAGACUCCUAACAAAACCAAAACACAUGGGCACAAAGUAAAAGCCUUUGUUUUGGACUUUAGUGCUACAAAAUUCUCCUUUCAUUCCUUUUGUUCUUUUCCUUUUUUUUUUCUUUUGUCUAUUUUCUCUUCUGAUCUGUAAUGGUAUUUAUUUUAUUUUAUCUUGGAUGUAACGGAACUGAACUGAGUUGAUCUGAGUAUAUGAGAUUGAGAAGCUACUAUGGAUUUUGUUAGAUGGGUGGUGACACAAUAAAAGGGUGGCCACAUUCAAUUUCUGGUGACAUUUUCAUCUUCUCGUGUUAUUUUGAAUUUCUCGCGUUCUUGAAAGACAAGGGGUUUUAAUGCUGUCGCAGAGUUGUGAUGGUUCAUACUCAUGCACUCAGUACUCUUGGCAUGUGAAUCACUAAACCUUCCAAACCAUGGUCCAGCUUUACACAUAAUGGAUGUUUCAACUGGCUGAGUAGAGGACAAUCGAUGGACGGUUAAGAUGAAAAUAUGGAAAAUGGUCCACAAGCAAAGUCUGCGAUGGUUCAAUGAAUCUGAUUUUGUGGUUGACUUGUGUGCAGAUGCUCCCACAAAUUGGUCCAUUUAAUUUGAGUUACUGUGCUCAAACUCUGUAUGGACGGUCAGUAUCGCACCUAGCCUGGGGUGGGCCUCCCACAUUCAUCAUCAGAUGGUGUCUAUUUCACGGUUUGGAAGGAUUUUUGAAGGGAACGAACGGUGCAUAUUGCAUCAUGCACAUUACACGUCCAUUAUUCUAUGCAGGCACUCAUUGCAAAUUUCUGAUCUGACAAUGAUGGGCGUUUCCCACGAAACCGCUCUAGGUAUCCACAUUUCUUUAGUGGGCCCCACACUUUCCAAAUGUUGACAAGUUUCCCACCCGACCAUUGUCUGUUGUCUGAUCAUAAUUAGACGAUGGCGAUAAGCCUAUUUAACUUUUUUUUUUUUUUUUUUCCUUUUCUGAAUUGAGGUUAUUUAACUAAUUUUUUUUUUCUGAAUUAAGCGAAUUGAUUUAAUUCGGGACUCGCAACAAAUUAGUUGGGGAUUCAUCUACAAUAUUCCUAUUAUGUGGGCCCCACAUGAUUGAUGGUUUGGAUUGAAUAAUUUAUUUUAACUUUAGAUUAUUUGAUUUGAGCAUAUUAGUGGGCUCUAUCUGAAUUGUGAUCUGUUUAAAUACGUAAAAGGUGUUGAUGUUUC